UCUCCGUGGCAGUCAGUGGGGAAAGUUAGGAUCUGCUUGCCUUAACACUUGGAGCUAACUUUCGGCAGUAUUCAUAGCAAGUAUAGCAGGUGGACUGAUCGAAUCAGGGACAUCAAGGUUGAACUCUGGUCCACAAGUGGUUGCGGAGUGUUGGUUUCUUGGUUUGGUUGUUGGUUGGUUUGUACUUGGCUGGCUGGCUGGCUGGUUACUGGCUUCUCUUAGCUGUUAGAAGAUGAGUCUUCUGCAAGAUGCGCCGUUUAUCAGAUCCGUUUUACCACCAGAAAGCUUUGAGUCCACCCUGGCCAUGCCUUCUGAGCUGCAGUUGGAUCAAAGGAACGAGAUACACCAAUACCCUGAGCGGAAGAACAUCCGAGUCCAGCAACAGGUGGAGAUGAUGUUGAGAGCCAAUGGCUUACCAAAUCGGGAAUUGAGCAGCUCUUACCAGACAGCAACCAUGCCGAUGUCCAAAUCGCAGAUCUUCACCACGGAGAGAAAGUACUCGACCAUCCAGCCCCCGGGGUACCAUUCUCAGCACAAAUUCCCUGGGUCGUCCUCCUACUCGGCCUUUGACGUCAAUAUCCGCAAGACCCCCAGAGCCAGUCAGAUCAGCCGUCGUGUAGAUGAGAGAUACAGACCGAUGUCUGUGCACAUCCCUGGCCCUCCUCCCUCGGCGUCCGUCAGGAAGGUCACGGAAUACAGAUACAGCCAGAGACAGCCGGACAUUGACACCCUGUCCCUCCACUCGGCUCCCCCCCGGCAGGUGGUGAGAAGGGAUUCCUGGCAUCAGUCCCAAAUGAACGGCCAGUUCAUGCAGCCCAACCUACAGGAGAGGGAUGUGAGCGUGAUGUCAGAACAGAUCAACCCCUCCGUUUACUACAAACAAAUGUCCGUGGGCGGCGAGUCUGGUGCGUUUAGAAGCUAUAGUGUGAACUACCCCUCGGUGAGGAAAGCCAACAGCGUGAGCGGAGCUGACAUGUUUGCCAUGACCAGCCAGGCGGAGGAUAUGGCGAACACACAAGCCCUGUACAUCCGGCCCCCGGCACAGCGCACCCUGCAGAGAGUUCACGGGAAGGGAGCCCGGGAGAGAAGCGCCUCCAGCACCUUCAGCACCAACCGGAAGUCAAUGCAACGCGCUCCCUCGCUGAGCAGCCUGAGAGUCCCCGCUAGCAACAUGAGCGACAUAUUCGACGGCCAGACUCAGCAGUCCCAGUCCUUUACGACUACACAAAACAUGAUCUCAGAUGCUGAUAGGUUAGACCUCCCGACAGCGGUGCAGUUGCUGAGCUCUGGUGAUGUGAACAGUCAGGUGGUGGGAGCGAGCUACAUCCAGCACAAGUGCUACCACGAUGCAGGCGCUAAGAAGCAGGCCUAUCUGCUGAGAGCCAUCCCUCAGCUCAUCGGGCUCUUCAACCACCCGUCGCUGGAGGUUCAGCGCAGUGCCACUGCCGCCAUGAGGAACCUCAUCUACAACAACACCGAGAACAAGCACGAGCUCGUCAAGCAGAAUGGCAUAUCUCAGAUGAUGCAGGCAUUGGAAGAGACGGACGAGGAGCUGAAGACCAACAUCACGGGGAUCCUGUGGAACCUGUCCUCCAAUGAGAUGUUAAAGAAAUCGUUGGCUCAAGAUACCCUCGAGGAAGUGACGGAGAGAAUCCUGAUUCCCCUGUCGGGCUGGAAUGCUGGCACCUCUGUGUUCCCAAACUCCACUGAGGAAGAAAUCUUCUACAACACCACCGGCUACUUUAGAAAUCUGAGCUCUGGGAGAGAGGAAACUCGGGGGAAAAUGCGAGGGAUAAAAGGCUUGGUGGAUUCUCUCGUCCACUACAUUCAGCAAUCUCUCGAUACCGGAAAAGCAGCUGACAAGAGUGUGGAAAACGCCACUUGCAUUCUGCGGAACCUGUCCUAUCGCCUGUACGAGGAGAUCCCCUCGGCUUACCAGCACCGUCUGAGAGGUCCCAGCCGAAACGAGAACGACAAGAAGGAGGAUGUGGUGGGAUGCUUCACCCCCCAGAGCAGGAAGGUCAAAGAGAUCAACACGGACAUGUCGGUGUUCACCGAGGUCUCCAAAAACCCUCAGGGGAUGGAGUGGCUGUGGAACCCGGCCAUUGUGAAGAUGUACAAGGAGCUCUUGGAUAAGGCCAGCGUCAACCAGCUGACCGCCGAGGCAGCCCUGGGGGCUCUGCAGAACAUCACAGCCGGAAACUUCCGGUGGGCCUCUGUGAUGAGUCGAUUGACUACAGACCAGGACAGCACUUGGUUCACUAUUAUUGACCAGCUGAAGGGCAACGACCCCACCAUGAUGCGAGCUGCGACCGGCCUGCUUCGCAACCUCUCCGCCCACGCCAGGAACAAGGAGGAUAUCUCCAUCCGCACUAUCGGACCGCUCUUGAGCAAGUUGCCGGAGGACAGCACUCAGCCUAUGCCGCACACCGAGGUGGUGGUCAACAUCUGCUCCGUGCUCAACAACCUGGUAGUGGAGACCAUUCAAGCCCCCAAGCAGAUCGUCAACCACAACGGGCUCAAGAGGCUCAUGAACGUCAAGACCAAUUUGAGCAGUGGGGACGAUAAAACCAACAAAGCAGCGGCCAGCCUCCUGGCGAACAUGUGGUUUUACAAGUCCAUGCAGCGCGAGUACAGAGCGAAAGGCUACACUAAACGUGACUUCCAGUGAAGAACAAUCAGGCACUGCCCUGACAAGAGGAAUCUCCGGGGGAGAGGAGGGGUGCGGGGGAAGGUGGAAUAAAAUACGGAUCUCUAGAAUUCUCUCAACGACAACAAUGUACAUUCAUGCAACUCUUUCCGUGUUGGGAAGACGUCUCAAAGCACUUUGCUUCGCACUGCAAACCGCGAGCCCGAGCCGGGCACUAGCGAGUUGUAUAAAGCUCAGGUGGGUGAGAAGUAACCUGCCAUCUUAGCUCAGCUCCUCUCCAUCUCCUGGAGAUUGAUUCUCAACUACUCUCGGGAUGGAUUGCAUCCGAUAAUUAUUGCUAUAACCAGGGGAGGGUCUAACCCUUUGUCUGCUGAGGACCGAAUGCCUUAUUUGAGAAACGUCCAAGGGCCACAUAAGCUAUAUAACAUAACAUUU